UUCUAACGAAGAAAAUGGCUUCCCAUUUGUGAAAUAAAAAUGGGAAGGUCGUCCACCUGUCAACUUUAGAAUUUUACACAAGCGUUUAGUUAUAUAGGCUGUUUUUUAACAAUCGUGUUAAACACGUCAGUUACGGGCAAUCUUUGUAUCCUUUUACGGUAAUAGUUUUUGGACAUAUAAUCUAUAAGACGGACCAAAUAAUGGAGUUUUAAUGUUUUUUUAGCUAUUAGCUAGCUACUGGCUAGCUACCUAAAGCUAGCUAGCUAACUGUGCCAGUUAUAUAUAUCUAGCUAGAGCUAUAAUAGCGCCACGGCGAGAUGAAUGAGUUUGACGCGAGUUUCUUGCGUCUGUGGCUAAGUCAUUUUUUAUCUAAUAUAUAAAAGCUGCUAAGCAUAUCUCUAUCUAGCUAGCUCAUAGCUAGCUAACAGAGAAUAAGUAAAGGGAGUAGGGGUAUCAUCCACUGUGUGGGAUGCUGUUAUGACCAACUAUGGAUGAUGGUUGAACUUUACACAGAAGACUGGCCUGUCUAUACAUGGGAAGACUGGCCUGUCUAUACAUGCCGGCGCCGUAGAUUAGUGGUUAUAGCUUUCGUACUCUGUGCGGGAGACCGGGGUUUGAUUCCUCUUGACGGCGAUUCAACAUUGGCGAGUGAAUGUUACCAUAGCCCCGGGUUAACCCAAGCCAUGUGAGGGAAAUUGGGGAGAUGGCACACUGUGUGGGCCAUUGGAUGUUGCCGGGAGUUGUCUAGUAGAGCGUGGGCCCUACUAAUUGGGUCUGCGUAGCUCAAAAUGAGCAUUAAAUACUCUAGGACUCUCCAUCUAAGCCAUGGCCCCUCCUGGAAAUAAUAGACAGGGUAUAUCCCUCGAUAUUUGUGAGGCUAGCCAUGUAAAAUAUGCACAUCUAUCUAUCUAUCUAGGGCCCAUCAAAAACAGUUUAAUGCAUUCGCAUUUUGAUAACCCAUGAUGACGUGCCUGGCGCACAAACUUGGACAAAUGUAUGUAACUAAAUUAGACUUUAGUUAGUACAGGUUGAACUGUUGACAAAGGAAUCUUACACUCUUAAAAACCGUAUCAUCAGAUGAGACAAACACAACUGUACACAAAGGACUCUUGCAAUUUUAGAAAAUGUGUCAUAAGAUAGGACAGGCCUAACUAUUCACAAAGGAAACUUGUGUUGUUAAAAUCGUGCAAUGAGAUGGGACAGGGCCAUUUAUUGACAAAAGACAAUCAUGCUUUUAAAAGACCAUCAUAAGAUGGGACAAGCCAUGUUAUGGACAAACAACUCCCGAAGACCAGCAAAAUAAUACCAUCUAAGAUUAUCUUGAAAUGUUAACAUAAAUAGCCUGAAAAAUAGAUAUACAGUACUGUAAAAAGGUUUGGUAACAUCGUGGUUCGUGUUUUUCUCGCCAUACACACAAACCGCGAAAGUCCACAAUGCAUAUUUUUUACUAAUUGUGGACUACACAAUCGUUACAUCAUGGUGUACACAAUUAAAAAUUAAACUUAACAACGUGGCACAUCCACGAUAGAUUUUUUCUAUUGUUGCAACAACAAAGAAUAAAUUACUGAACAAUUAAAUUAAAAACCAAUGGCGAUAAAAAAGUUGAACAUUUUGUUGUUUUUAUUUGUUGGUAAAUCUAGUUAUAAUUUUAUAUUUUGAUCCUUCGUCAAUGAAGUGGCGAAAAAAAGUUGUUUAAAAAACAUGAAAACGGGAUCGUAGAAAGCAAAAAGAUCACUGUAGAUGGUUUAAAAUUCGUGAAUAAGGGUUCGUAGAAAGCAAAAAGAUGCCGUAGAUCGUUUAACAAUCAUUAAACGUGAUUGUAGAAAUAUAUCAAGCAAGAGCAAAAAACAUUAUCCUUUGUUGAACGGGAUAAAAGCUGAAAUAAACAAAUUAAGUUUUAGGAAACACAUGUUAUUUUGAAAAGAAAUGAUUAAAUUAAACUGCUAUACUAUACAAUAACAAGAGAUCACUGUAAACUUAUUACAGAUGUCGUUCGAGAGAAGGCUUUUAAGUUGGCAUGUACAGAUGAUCAAGAUUUUCCUCAUAAAUAGAUAAAUAGAUGUGCAUAUUUUACAUGGCUAGCCUCACAAAUAUUGAGGGAUAUACCCUGUCUAUUAUUUCCAGGAUAGGCCAUGGCUUAGAUGGAGAGUCCUAGAGUAUUUAAUGCCCAUUUUGAGCUACGGUGCCAUAAUCUUUUCCUGAAGUGUGUUGUAAGUUGGUAUUAAAAGAAAUUUAUAAAACCAACCAUGGUUUAAACUCACCUUAUAAUUUGUAAUAUUUUUAAUCCUAGAUCUGCACCAUAUAAUUUGAGAUCUUAUAGUGCCGUCUCAAGAAAGCAGAUUCGUUGAGAUUUUUUACAUGAUGGGAACGGUUUAUUAUAUUAUUUUUAUUUUCAUCUGUAUUUUACAUUUUAUCGACUUUAAAUAAAGAAUAAAUAAAAUAACUAAAUAAAUGAAAUAAAUAGUGGUAGUGUGACAAAAAAGUUAAAUAUCGCAAAUUUUAAAAGCGUAUCUUUUGGUAUACUUUAGCUAACCUAAACCUAAAACCUAGCCAUUUAUUUAGAAUGCUGUGAAUAGAUUUUUUUUUACUGCUUCCUCGUAAAUUUAGAACUAAAACUCAAUGUCAAGUUUACUAACAUGAUUAGUUCAAAGCAUUAAAAUUUGCUUGCUUCUAGCCAGCCAGGAUAUGCCUGGCAAAACAGGAAGUAGCCAGCUAAGCUACAACCCUGGAAAAUUGUAUUGUGAAUUUCAUUUUGAGCUCCCUCUAUUUCCAAAAAUCAGUGUUGAAUAUUGAAUAUAUAUAUACUUGGCUUAUGAUGCUAGCUGAAUGAGUAAUCGUGUUACAGAAAAUAGUAUCACUCUUAUUGACUUGAUUCUUUCUAACAGUUCUAGCUACAAGAACUUCAGUGAAGGGGCUUUUCUGAAGGACCUUAGAAAUUUAGACUGGUCAUAUUUUAAUGAUUGUAAUGUCCUACAUGAAGCAUGGGAGAGACUGAAUAAACAUUUUAAAACAGUGGUUCACAAACAUGCCCCUUCUUAAAACAGAAAGCAGCAAAAACAAAAUCCAUCAUAGACUGGGAAUCUUUUAAACAAAAACGAAACCAGGUAAUAGGUCUCAAAAAUCGAUUUAAAAACGAGUACUAUAUAUAAUGAUAAUGAUGUUUUGCAGGACUUUCAAAAAUGGCCAAAAAAACUGAUAAGUCAGGCAAUACUACCUCGAUAAAACGAGUAUCCAAAACAAUGUUACAGAUCCAUCUCACCCAAAAGAAUUUUCUAACAUAUUUAAUUCAUUUCUUCUGUUACUACUAAUGUAAAUCCACCUUAGCAGACACGAUUUUCGGUGGGCUUCUAUUAAGACCAAAAGUGUUAAAAAAAUAAUUAGUUGACUGAAACUUAGUAAAGCUACAGGCUUGGACGGAAUUGGUUCGCGACUGCUAAAAGCACGUUUGUCAAUUUUAGUAUUCAUUUAUCAAGUCUAUUCAACAAAUCUUUAUUUACUGGUUUAAUGUUGGAAGACUAAAAGAGUCUAACCUAUUUUUAAAAUUGGCAACAAAACAUAUUCUACUAAUAACCGGCAUCUCCAUUCUGUCAAUUUCUAUGAAAUUUUUUGAAAAGUUAGUGCAUGAGCAAAUUUCUUUUUUUUUUCUGAGCACAACUUCCUUUUAAUGACAGAUAGUCCGGAUUUCAAAAACUCUUCCGCAGAAACUGCAGUAGUCGAUGUCUCUGAUUUUAUUCUUACUGAGCUCAACCAAAAAAACUUUGUUUGUGAUGUACUCAUUGACCUUAAAAAAGCUAUUGACACUGUUGAUCAUAAAAUUUUGUUAACAAAGCUAUGGUGUUUUGGCAUCAGGGUUGCUGCCUUUGACUGGUUUGAGUCCUACUUGACAGGGCUAAUGCACCUGACCCUUGCAAACGACACAAGAUCAGAUCUGCUUCAUGAAGAUGCUUUUGGGGUGCCGCAGGGAUCUGGUGUUGGCCCCUGCUUUUUCUUUUGUUUAUUGAUGACUUAAAAUCUGUCAAGAAUUUAAACUACCACUGUCUAUAUGCAGAUGAUACAAUAUUAUUUCAUCCCAUAAAAACUUGGAUACCCUUGUCUUGCAGGUCGAGUUAAAACUUUUUCGCAAGUCAGUCCUCUGGCUGAAUAAUAACAAAAUGACUAUAUUAAAAUAUGGACAAAACUGAAACAAUUUUUUCAGCAACCACAGCCAGUUAAAAAAAGUUUAGAACAAAACUAUUAACUAUAUGGGUAUUAACUAUAUGGGUAAGGAGCGAAAAAGGUAAAUAUCUCAGGGUAACAUUUGCUAAAAAAAUAGAAAAAGGAUUAAAAUGUGCCCGUACCUUUUUAGGGAAAGAGAGGGAAUGUUCAAGGAAUAAUUUACUCAUCAAAAACGGUGCCAUAUUAGUUUUCAAAGCCAUGAAUCGCAUUGCUCCUGAUUACAUGCGCUCAAAAUUCCUUUUGGGCAAAAAACUGCCACAAUCACCAAACAAGGAGGAGCUUUUCACACUUCCCUUGUUCAACAUGGAAUUUUGCAAAAAAGCCUUUCCGUUUAGAGCUGCAAAAGUGUGGAAUAAUCUUGCAGCCCAAGUGACCUGUGAUGGAAGUCUACUUUCGUUUAAGACUUCCAUCUCUAGUGUAUUUAGCAAAUUCUACUGGAGAUCACUUUUUAAUUUUGUUUUUAAUUUUUUUUCUUUUCAAUUUUCACAGAUUAUAAAAUAUGUUACAUGUUUGAUUGACCUGAGGCAGUUAAGGUUUAUCAUUUUUGGUCCUUUUGUUGUUCUAGUGGCCCCCAGUGGAAACAAUCCACUAACUAUAGGUUUUUCUGAUUUUCUGGGCUAGCCACUUUAAAUUUUUAUCACCAAAGCAUUUCAGCUGACUUUCAAAGAGCAUUGUGAUCGUUAACCUCAAUACUUACAGUUUGUAAGUAAGUGAAUUAAUAGAGCUUACCAUAAUUUCCAUGUAUAGAAAAAGUAAAAGUCUUUUUUUCAAUGACACUCUAUUUUUUAGGUUUUUAUCCCAAAAACAGAAAAUAAAAUAAUAUACAAUUUUUUAUUAUAAGAAUGUCAAUGAAUGUUACUAAAGGUAACAUGUCAUAUAUAUAUAGAUAUUAAUAUUAUUCUGGCGGACUUGAUUUUUUUCGCAGGCUUAUUUCAAGUCCUACAUUUAUAUCUGGAAAAACCCAUAAUCAUUUUUCAAAAUAAAUUUUUUUCAUAACAAAGUUGACUUGUUUUUUUUGGAUAGGAAGAGCCUCAGUUAUGCAAUAUAAUGGAGCAGCAAAUAAGGAAAUAGGUAGCUACCAAUAGGACAAGCCUAAACCAAUGCGUGGCACAAUUAUUACUGAGGCCGUAGUUCUGCUUAUUUCUUCCCUGUAAAAGAAGGUUGAGCAAUAUGCUUGGCCCAGUGUUACAAAUGUUUAGAAAUGUUUGAAGACGACAACGUUUUAUUUCAUUUUUGGGCCAUGGUUUGGGGCUAUGCAGGUUUUGGUAAAUAUAUACUUGAUUAUUAUUAUUGUUAUUGUUAUUGUUAUUAUUAUUAUUUUUAAAGGUUAGCCCUUCUAAAUGCCUGUAAUUUUUGUAGAAUAUGUGACUUAUCGGCUCCCUCAACCUCUGUGUUUACUCCAUUUUUUUGCAUUUUAACAGCAGAUGAAGCAAAUCAACACAUGAUAUUACAGGUUUGUUUUGUAUACAAACAAACAUAAAGGUAGACGCUGACUACCUAGUCAAUAUAUCUGGUUCAAAGAAUCAGACAACUCAAAAUGAAGAUUAAUAAUUAGCAAAGGUUAUCACAUGAUUUAAAAGAGAUCUUAUGUGAUCUUCUGCAAUUAUAAAGCACUCUAUUAUCCUGCAUAAAAGUGAGUGCCUUGAACAAUGAUAAUAGAAAAGAACAAGGAAAAUAUUGGAGAAAAAUGUUGGAAAAUAAAUAUAUGCAUCUUUUUUCAUUGGUCAAUCAGGACCAAAUUUUAAAGAUGUUUCUUUUUUGCAGGGUAUUAGAGUAGGUAUUUUUGCACCAUAUUUUCAACAAAUAUUUAUUUAGUUUAGGAGAGAAAAAAAAGUGUCAAUAAACAGUCUGUCACACAAUGCCAAUACAAACUACUGUAACAAUUGACUCCUAUUUUUUUGAAGUGGAAAAUGACCCCAAGUUUUGCCGUAAACGGAAACAUCAAGUUAUAAUGUUUAUGCUUCGAGCAUUCUUAGCUGGGGCUGCAUAUUCAAUCUUUUUACCAUCAAUUUGGUUUUAUUUGGAUACAUAUGAUGAUGUUGAAUCCUGGUUUCUAGGUUUUGUUGUUGCUGUGUAUUCUAUAGCAAGUAUGGUAUCUCUGCCCUUCGUUGGAAUGUUUUUUGAUAAGACAAAGAGAAUCAAGGAGAUUGUGUUGGUGUUGAAUGGUUUUGAAAUUAUUGGCAGUAUAGUAUAUGCACUACCUUAUUCUAAAUGGCUCGUGUUUUUUGGUAGGAUGAUUGCAGGCUUUGGAGAUGGUUUCUUUGCAUGUGCAAAUACUGCAGUUGUACACAUGUACCCUGUAAGGAGCAGGACAGGUAUAUUUUCAUUGCUUCAAAUUGGAUGGUUUCUUGGUUUCAUCUGUGGUCCACUGUUUUAUUUUUUCUUAACAAUGUUUGCUUCUAAACUUAAUAACCAAUGCAUUAUUUUUGGGAUUCUUCCUGGUGCAGGAAUAGCAUUAUUGUGGAUUUUAUUUGAAUUUGGGACAAUUUUUUAUAUUUGCAAUUUAUCAAAGCACACAGAAAUCAAUCAUGGAGAAUCUUCAAUUUGCCAAAUACCUCCUGCAUCACAAGAAAGAAUGAGUUUUGAUGAAACAUUGUAUCAAAGGACGGAAAGUGAUGUUAGUCAAACAAAAUAUAAUGAUUGUGAUGUUGCAAAGCCAGAGUCAAUUAAGGAAUUAAUUACACAGCAUUGUUCCAUUGAACUUUUAUCAUUAUUCUUUUCAGAGCUUGCGUUUUGGUCAACUGUAACCCAGUUUUUAGUUUUGUUGCCCCUGAUAACAGAAUCUGAUAGCAAAUGGGACAAGUACAUUGGCAUUAUAUUUGUGCUUGGUGUUGUGUUGUUGAUGUUUGUUUUUCUGUUAAUCUACAAGUUUAGCAACAAAACAAAUGUGAAAGAUCAACUUUAUGUUCUCAUCUCUCUUCUACUGACAAUUUUAUCUUUGAUACUGUUGAUGUGUGAACAAAUUCCCAAGGAGAAAGAUUUAAAAUCAAGAUUUAGCAUUUUGUUAUCUGCAUGUAUUCUUAUUUUUUCUGCCAUUUCAUUAAAUUUGUCAGCAGUAAGAUCCUUAGCAACCAAACUCACACCAAGAUCGAUGCAGGGUUUUACGCAAGGUGUAUUAUCUUGUGUCAGUAGAGUAGCAUUAAGUCUUGGCCCAAUUUUAGCAGGACUGAGUUUAGAUCAUAGACUUAAGUUGAGCAUUACAAACAUAGUGUUGUGUGUAGUAGCAUUUAUUUGGAUUGUUCUGUGUUUAAAAAGGAUAAAAAGGAAAUCAAAUCUAAUGCAAGAAAUUGAUUCGUAAAUUUGUUGAGAUAGGGCGCUAUGUGAAAAAAAGGUACGGAGGUAGUAGGUAGGAAAAGAGACUGUAACUGUGCAAGUUAACAUUGGAUGAUAAUAACAGUUCAAGAACACUAAAUUGAUUAAUUCAAAGUUAAAGUUGCUGUUUUUUAAGGUUAAUUUUAAUCAGUGUUCUGAACUGUAAUAAUAAUAAUGCUGUAAUAAUAAAAGUAGUAUUUUUGCAUUUAGUUUAGACUUGUUCGAAUCAUCAGUUUUUUUAAUCUUCCUUACAAAAGUUUAAUCCUUACUGCAUUUGAGUCAUGACUAUGAGUCACAAAUUUGUCUGCAAUGAAAUUUCUCAUGUAUUUUGUAUGCUAUUGCCUUGUGGACUAAAUACAAGAAAAUUGCUUUCACAUGAAAAAAAAAAUUUAAUGCUGUCAUUGUGAUCACAAAUGACGACAUUUCUGCGAAAAAGUUUCUUAUGUAACUGUAAAGUAGGCACUACUUUCGUGUUUAAAAUGACCAAUACGUAUGUAGAAAUUUUUAAAUUAUAAACAUUUUUUAUGACUUUCUCUGUUUUUUAGCAUUAGUACUUAGUAUUAUUAGUCUUGUACAUGUUGUAAACUUUAUUCCUUGUCACUAACUUGGGCAUUGUGAUCAGUCUUAAAAAAGUCUUGUUUAGUGUAAAUUGUUUAUUUUUAAGUAUCCAAAUUUUUUGAAAAAAUCAGUGUUUUAAGAAUGUAAGAAUUUUAUAAAUAUAUGUAAUGUUUAGGUAUUUUUUUCUUCUUUGACUACAGCCAAUGAGAUUGUAGAGAAAUGUAUAUUCACACUGGCAUUGGUUUUGUUUUUGAAACUUUUAAAGAAUUUUUGCAUAAAAUGUUUCUAUAGGUGUGAUAAAAAGCACAUGUCAAAUGGUUGCUGCAUUACUAAGAUUGCCAUAACGUUUGAAAUUUUGAAUGUGCUAUACAUAGAGGAUUUUUUAAUAAUAUAUUGUUAAAUUUAUAAAGUUUUCUAUUUAGAUUAUAUUCUGUAAAAUAUUAAAUUGUGAAUAUUUUAUUUUUAAUAUUAGUUAAUGUUGUAACAUUUCUUUACUACUACAUGGUUCACAUCAAUAUGUGAGUGUGGAAAAUUAUUUUUCAUUUUGAAAUUUUACACUAAGCUUUGAUAACUCAGCAUAUACAUUACUCUGGUAAUUAAAAAACCUAUAAGAAUUAUUUUUGGCAUAUUGUAAUAAAGCAGAUAUUUUUUUGAAAAUUUUUUAUGUGUUAUGAUAAGAACAUCUAAUAUAAAUAAAAAUUUUUUUUUUAAUUUUACAGUCUUGCUUUGUUGGUAAUUGACUAUAUGUGACCAAAUAUCAUCAUAUCAUCAUUACGCCUUUUCAAAUAUCUGUUUUUUACUAUAAUGAUGUGAAGUAUUGUUUUGGUAAUCGAUUUACAUUAA